AUGGGCAAGAUUUUGCAGAAGCGAAAGAACAGAUCCGGUCGUCCCAAGGCCAGGACGAAGAAUAAUCGUUUGAAGAGCGGCAACCGCAAGAUUAAUGUCUUGGGGAAUGCGAUCAUCGCCGAGAACUGGGACAAGAGUCUUACUCUUACACAGAACUACCAGCGCCUGGGUCUUCUUCACAAGCUCAACGCACCUGCCGCUGGUGGGCGUGAGCGACUCCUGAUCAACGGCAGCGCCAAAGCUGCUGCUCAACUCGACGUUACCGAGACAAAGGUGGAGCGUGAUCCAGAGACCGGCAAGAUCUUACGAGUAAUUCGCGACGACGAUGAGAUCGAGGUUGCUGGACGCAAGAGACGGGCAGCGAAUCCACUUAACGAUCCAUUGAACGAUUUGGAAGAGAAAAGCGUGCCUCUAUCCACAUACAAGGGCCCUGGUAGUGCUGUUGUCAAGCAAUUGGAAUCCCAAGCGGAUAAAGAAGGCGUUGCCACCAAGGCCAAGAAGCCGCGACACCAAAGCACGCGAGAGAGCGAAUGGGCUGAGCGGUUGGUUGCGAAAUACGGUGAUGAUUUUACGGCCAUGGCGCGGGAUCGGAAGUUGAACCCUAUGCAACAGAGCGUGGGGGAUCUGCGGAGGAGAAUCAACAAGUGGAAGAAGAGCCAAUCUUGA